AUGAAUAUCACAUUACUAUCAGAGUAUUUAGAAACAUAUCCAGGGAGAGAUAAAUGUUUGAGAACAUUAUCUUAUAUGGCAAAAUUUGCUACUCUGGGUACAUCUUCGAAAGAAAUAGAGAAAAAAUUCAAAAUAUUUAGCAGUCAGUUGAGUGGAUGCAGAAUGAUCUUAAGAUUAUUAGAUGACAUACCUAUGAUUCAUUAUGCUAUGUCAUAUGGAUGGGGAAAACAGGAGCCAGAUUGGUUGAUCAGAUGGGCAGAAUUAAUGCAAAUUGCUAUGGAUACUAUGUUUGGUCCUAUAGAACACAUUUAUUGGGCUGGUGAACAUAAAUUGAUUAAAAUUAAUACUGAAAAGUGGGAUAAUGUUUCAACAUGGUUUUGGAUAAUUUCUCUACACUUGUCAUUAUUCAAACACAAUACAAAAAUAUUUACACUAACUUCAUUAAAAUUUGAUGACACCAAUGUCUGUUUCUGUUUGAACAGAGCAGCUUUGAAGACAGUGAGCAAACAAAGGUGGAAUGAAUUAUUGACCUGCACAAGAUUAGUAUUAGAUAUAAGUUAUGCAGUUAGUUAUCUGCCACUUGGAACAUUUUGGGGUGGUAGAUUAAAAGUUUGGCAUGUUGGGGCACUUGGAACUUUGUCUUCCUUAAUUGGUUUGUAUCAAGCCCUAAGCAAACGAGCAGAACACAAAAGGUAUUGA